AUGGCGCUGCGGGAGAAGUCCACGGAGGGUGAAGAGGUGGAGGGAGAGAAGCAGCUCCUGCCAGAGCCCACGGGCAUCACCUUGCUCUAUCAGACUGGAUGGCCAACACCACGCCUGCACUACAGUGCAGAGGGUGCUGACUGGACAGCGGUCCCGGGCGAGGCGAUGGCCCCGAGCGACUGGAGCACGUUUCCUCAUGCCGACGGGUGGUGGAGCAUCCAGGUACCAGCCUCCGCCCUCGAGUUUGUGAUGACCGAUGGCCAUGGCAAUUGGGCGAAGGACCAGAACGGCAGGAACCUGUUCAUCACAGGUUCCGGCACCUGGACUUUGCGUGGCAAUGUCAUCACCAAGCUCCUCCUGGAGGACCUUCGGAGCGAAAACUCUUGCUCGACUCUGGAAGCCGAGCAGUCAGGCAGAUUCCAACGAUUGACUCAGUGGCACAGGGCCAUUACUUGCGAAGCACUCGCAGGGCCAGAGCCGUCUGAUGCCCCGCCUGAUCCAGCAGGCCAGGACCGACGCCCUGU